AUGGCAGCCACACUGGACAACCACCCGCCCACACUCCCGCCAGACAUGCGCCCUACCGCCAUGCCCCUCGACACGCCCGCCAUGCCCAACUCCAAGACGAUCAACACCACCGUCGACCUCAUGUCGCCCGUCAACCAGAAUGGCUGCUUCGAGUUUGACCGCAUCAUCAAGGCCGGCACGGUGGUGAAGCGCACGCGCAAGACAAAGUCAUGGAAGCCCGUCUACCUUGUCCUGCGCCCAAAUUGCCUCUCCAUCUACAAGGACAAGGACGAGACCAAGCUGCGCCAUCAGAUCAACCUCGCCGAGAUCACUGCCGUCGCCCGCCAACGAGACUCGAAGAAGAAGAUGGACCACGUCUUUGGCAUCUUCUCCCCUGCCCGCAACUACCACCUCGGCGCCUCGACCGACAAGUCCGCCCAGGAAUGGGUCCACCUCAUCCGCACAGAGGCUCGCAUUGGCGUCGAGGACGAAGCUGACAUGGCCGUCCUGAGUCCAGCUCCUGACAAGGUUACUUUUGCUGCUUCUGCCUCGGCCAAUCGGGAAAACAUCGUCUCUAGCUCUUCCGAGGCUGAACCGCGACCCUCGAGUUCCAUGGUACCUGAGCACAUGCACAGCGCCCGCCGACCCUCGCAGGCACUCAACUACUCGGGCGGCGAGUACGGCUCCAUCUCCGACUUUGACUUUUCCGACACAAACCAGGCCUCGCCCAAUCCGCUGCCCCGACAGAUGACACAGGAUAAGCGCAGUCUUAGCCAGCACAGCAACAUUGGUAACACACCCGGCGACGAGCGCGUCGUCUACCAUGGCUGGCUGUACAUCCUCAAGUCAAAGGGCGGCGUGCGCCAGUGGAAGAAGAUCUGGCUCGUCCUCCGUCCAAAGUGCCUCGCCUUUUACAAGAACGACGGAGAAUACUCGGCCACGCACAUCAUUCCUUUUACGAGCAUCAUCGACGCCGUCGACAUUGACCCCCUCUCGCGCAGCAAGCAACACUGCAUGCAAGUCAUAUGCGAGGAGAAGAACUACAAGUUCUGUGCAUCCGACGACGAUUCGCUAGCAAGAUGGCUCGGAGCAUUCAAAAGCUUGCUUGUCAAAAAGGACGCGCAGCAGAUGCGCAUCCUCCCGUCAGCCACCAACACGGCAAACACACAACCGCCACCUGUGCCAGCAUCCAUACCACAACCUGCCACUGCCACUGCCGCGUGA